AUGGCGGCUAGUCUGAUCAGCGAGAGUAGCAGCGAGCAGCCACCGCCGCGGCGCGUCGUUGCAGUUGCACCAUCUGUCAGGAGCCGAGCCGGCGGGGAGGGGGCUGCUGCGGGAGAGGAGGAGGGGUUGCCGCGGGCUAAAGGCCGCCGAGACCCACCCGUCUGCCGGCUGCGGGAGCCAAGGCGAGGCUGCCCUCGCAGUCGCGCGUCCUCCACCGUCCGUGCACGCAGCACUGCUCCCCGCGCACCGAAGACUCCCCGGGUGCACACAAAGCCUCCGCGGCGCCUGGAGGGAUCCGGCAGCCGGGCCGGGGACAUCCCAGUGCCGCCCCCUCCGCGCUCUCGGAGGCCCCCCGGCUCCGGGGCCCGCCGAGGAGCAGCCGGAGCCACCUCGGCCGAGCUGGAGGAGGGCGGGGAGAGGACCAUCCAGGGAAACUCCACCCACGGCGGCCGGGGACGCGGCCGCGGAGCUGUCCCGAGACGCGUGGCCGCGAGGGACGCGCCCAGACCCGGCCGAGCGAAGCGAGGGGACGCGCGAGGAAGCUGCAGGCGCAGGGCCGAGAAACGGCCGCGAGAGCCCUGGUCCGCCCGCGACCCCGCCCGCCGCCGCCGCCACCCACCCUACCCUCCCCACGCAGAUCGCAAGCCCCACGUGGACACCUCCAGACCCGGGAGACGGAGCGCGGUCCGGGAGCAGUUACGCGCGUCCCCCUCAACACCCCCCAGGCCCGGCUCCUCCUGGGAGGCGCUCCGGUCCGGGGUCCCAGGCCAGGAAAAGAAGAAUCCCAGAGUGAUGUUUCCUGAAGGAUUUCCAAGGGUAUCUACCUCCAAUUCAUUUGAAAGCUUUAAAGAAGUUGGGCCUGAAAGGGUCACUGACUUGUCCAGGGACAUUCUUUUUGUUUGUGAUGGAGCCAGGAGGAAAAUACAGUGCCCUUCACUCUCUCUCAGAUGAUGAUCUCUUAGAGAAGAGCCAGAAAAACAAAACAAACAUUUGUGGCAAAUUUUUUUCACCACCACCACCAUGUUGGCUUCAGAGCAAGAUAAACAUCCAGGAACACCUUGUAAUCCAGGCAUUGACAUUUUUCCUUUAAGAAAACUAUCCUGUAAAUGUGACACUGCAGAGCCUACUUCCCUGGGUCUCAUACCAUUCGUCCCUCUCUGUAAAUCUUCAAGAAAGAAGAUGAUGAGUUUAAUGAAUGUGAGUUAUGGCUCCUUAAUAUUAGAGAAGAGAGAACUUAUUGUGAAGAAAAUUUUUAUGAAUAAAAUAGAAAUGAAAGUUCUCGGUUAUCAAAAGGAAAUUAGUGAGCAUUAGAUAGUUCAGAUUUGGGAGCAAGUUUUUGAAGGUAAUAAAUAUGGAAAAGCUUUCUGUGAACAAGGCUGCCCUCAUUACACCUAAGAGUGCCCAUGCAAAGUAGAAUUCUUAUAAUAAAUUUGGAAAAAAAUAUGUUAUAAAUCAAUUCUUAUUGUCUCACAGAAAAUUCUCCCAGAGGAGAAGAGUAAUUAUGAAUUUAAUGAGUUUGAAGGUAAUGAAAAUGGGAGUGAUUGCUAUAGGAUCAAUCAACUUCAAAGAACUGAAGGAGGGAAAACUUCCAGCAAAAAAUCAGACAAUCACUAUGAUUAACUGUAAAAAUAUAUUAAAAAAAUAGUUCUUUCAUGAAACAAAUGUACAAUACUGUUACAAAGAGUUAAUAUUAAAAGAGUAUAUAUGAAAAAAAUGUACCUUUUGAAAACUAUGGAAUGUAGUUAAUAGUAAUAUCUUAAUAUUCUUUCAUCAACAGUAACAACGGUACCACAUCAAUACUAUGGGUCAGUAACAGGGUUGGGGGAGGAUAAGGGGUAUGGGAAGAUUUGGAUUUUCUUUAUUUUUAUUUCUUUUCUGGAGUAAUGAAAAUGUUCUAAAAUUGAUCAUGGUGAUGUAUGCACAACUAUGUGAUGAUACUGAGCCAUUGAUUGUAUACUUUGGAUGGUUUGUAUGGUAUGUGAAUAUAUCUCAAUAAAAUUACAUUAAAGAAAAAGAAUUAUGAGAAAAAACAAAACAAGGUAUCUGAAUAUCUAAUAUAGA